AUGACUGAGCAGCUCCCCCCGUAUACUACUCUUCCCCAACCAGAGCCCGAACCACCACAGUAUACUCUUCCAGAGACGUUCGGUAUCGGACGGCAUAGUACCCAGCACCUCGUCCGCCCAGACCAGCUCAAGGCCCAUCUUCAACUCCUGGCAGCGUUCAGCCAACUUAAGCAGCGCGUCGUCGCCAGCGAGAGCCUUAUCGCAGGAUUAGAGUCGGACAGUGAGAAACGUUGGGUAUGGUUCGUCAAUUUGGCUGUUGAACGGUUUGAGAGAUGGUGCUUGACAAUUAAGCAAUCUGAUACAGUGGAGCAACACUUGCCUCCCAUUGAUGUGACUAUGGUAUGGCACGCUUAUCUUCUGAAUCCGAGGCAAGCGCAUUCUUCCUGGUAUGCGGAAGACACCGCGCGGAUCUCCAAGCUCAAACCUCUUGUUCAUUUCACUGAUUACUUUUCCAAGCUUCUCGCUAACCCCGAUCUGCUAACCACUGACGCACCAGAGCAUGAACGGGUCUCUGCUUGGGAGCGCCGUACUAAAUCGCCCUAUGACCCAUUUGCAUCUGCCGCGGAUCUCACGCACAAAUCUAUCGAGUGCCCUUACUGUGGUCGCACUGUUCUUUCACCGUUCCUGAAACUUAACGGGAAAGGAUACGCCCAGAGCAACUUUAGCAUUGACUGUGAAUGUGCUCGCCGGAUUACCAAAGACCUUCUCGGCCUGUACAAGUUCGCGAAAAACAUAGUCGAGCCAACAGCGCCGGAGAAAUAUUUGGCUGGAACCCUUCAUACACCACGUAGCAUGCACGAUACUGCGCGCGGAUACAUGAUCAAGAGCCGCAUCCUCAGCUCCUACAUCCUUUUCAAGAAGAACGAGGAAAGUGAUCCCGCGCGUCAGGUCUUGACAAACGUUCAGCAUGACACUGCACGCAUGCGUACCGUGCUGAGCAAGCAUUUGAGGCCAAGACUGUUGAACAAGAUCAUGGGGGCCUACACGGAUGACAGGGUAUUUUCACUCGAUUUGGUUGGCGCUGUCCUCCGGCAAGCCUCAUUUGUAAAGAAGAUGGUCGACCUCGGGUGGACCGAACCAGAAUAUUUCGCCAACGAGGUGGAUGCAGUGGCACUGCAACAUUGCGUAGCUCGCUAUCAUGCAUUUUUGAACCUCAUGGCAGAAUCGCCUGCAUCGUUCUUUGUGCCUACACUCGACAUUGACCUCGGGUGGCACACUCAUCAGCUCAUGGCGACUCAGUAUCAGAAGGACUGCCUUUUGCUCGUAGGACGAUAUGUUGAUCACGAUGAUAAAGUGGAAGAAGGUCAACUCGCGACCUCCUUCGACCUCACUUGUCGAGCUUGGAACAACUGCUAUCACGUCCCUUACAUGCACUGCGGGUGUCCACUCCCAGGCGACACAAUCGGCCAAAAGCUCCGACGUAUUCUCUCC